CCAUUUGAAUGCACGAAUUGGAUCAGUGCAAAACAAGGAAACCGAGAAACAAAUUUAAUUUUCGAUGGAUUAUUCCUUGGUGAUGAACUGCAUACCAUCCCCGCUGGAAUGGAAGAUAUAUUCUGCCCAACAAGCUUACUAAAUUACCUGAAACUAGAGAAAAAUUCAGAUCAUGUGAUAGUUUCCACUCGAUUACAUUGUGACAAACCCACGCUCACUUUCGCCCUUUUUGACCAACCCCAUAUUCUGCCCCAGGCUUCUCUAGGUUGUAAAACUUACGCCAUUGUUAGUUUCUUCCUUGUAAUGCUAACGGAUCACAUUACGUCACUGGUCUGUGGAUCCCAUUCAACCCAACUAACUUUAAAGUAUGAC